AUGGAAUGCUAUCCUGCAAAGAGACUUACACCUUUAUCAGUUGACUUUGCAAAACAAAUAACGUACGGUAACGAACAAGCUUUGCAAAUACAUCUGGACGAAAGAUUUUACACCGGAGAAGAAUUAGAACUAUUUUAUGCAUCACAUCUUGCGAAUGGCAAAGUGUAUGCUGAUUUCACAAAAAAAAUAUUUUAUGAUCCUGAUCAAUGUAUUGAUUUUAUUUCAUCGUAUGAAUGGAAAAAAGUAUUUUUAACACUGAACGAUACAUUUAGUCAUAUUUUACCAUUAAUUCAUGAUCUACCACAGAUUGUGUAUAUAUAUAUUCAUUGUGAAUCUCCUGAUAAAAUAAGCUUCGAUACACAAAAUUAUCCAAAAUUAAGAGCUAUUUAUGACGAGUUAUUCAAUGUACUUUAUCAACUUAGUGCAGAUAUUGAAACAUUCAAACAAGAUUUGUUUCCGAUAAAUGUUGUCAAUCCUAUUCAACGAAAAACAAAUUUAUAUACCCAUGAUAAAUCAAAACAUGAAGAUUCUUCUUAUAUUCCAACACAAACUGAUGGUUUAUCGAUCAUUUGGAUAUACGAUGACGAUAAAACUAUGGUUGACACAUCAACUAUAGAAAAUAAAAUAAAUUUUAUUAAAAAAUUUGUCAAUAUCGAUGAAUGUAUUGAUUAUAUCCAUUCAUUAGAGAAUAAUACUCAAAUAUUGUUUAUUUCAUCAAAAUUAAACAAUGAUUUAAUUUUACCAUUAAUAAUUAAAUUAACAAAAAUUUAUUUUAUUUAUAUAUUUCACACUGAAGAGAAUGUGGACACAACAUUAAAUCAAUUUUCGAACAAAAUUCGUGGAAUUCAUUCCGAUAUUAACAAUCUAUAUAAUCAGUUAUUAAAAGAUCACAAUGAAUUGUCUACUAGUUUGCAAAUGUCAUUUAGUAUUUUUGAUAAAGACAAAAAUGAAAAAACUAUUCGAAAUUUACACAAAGAUAAUGCUCGUUUUAUAUGGUUUCAGUUAUUAGUUGAUAUCCUUAUAAAGAUCCCACAUAAUAAUCAAACACUUGAUGAAAUGCUGAAUGAAUGUGAAAAAUAUGAAUCAAAAAAUGAAUCUAUACAAACAAAAAAGAUUAUCAGUCAAUUACGUGAAAAUUAUCAAUCCAACGAAGCACUUCAAUAUUAUACAGCUGAUACAUUUUUAUAUCGUUUAUUUAAUCGAGCGCUUCGUACAGAGAAUAUUGAUAUUCUUUUCGUAUUUCGAUUUUUCUUAGCUGAUAUGUAUAAUCAAUUGCAAAUUUUAUAUACAAAACAAUUUUUAAACGAUAUGAUAAAUUCUGGUAAUUCCUUACAUCUUAUUCGUGGUCAGCUUAUGACUAUUACUGAAUUCGAUAUUAUCAAACAUAAUAUUGGUCGAUUAAUAUCAAUUAAUGUAUUUCUCUCAACAACAACAGAUUAUCAUCUUGCAUGUAUUUUUGCUGGAUUUGAUGAUCAACAUAAAUCAUCGGAUAAGGUAUCUGUAGUAUUUCAAAUUGAAAUUGAUGAUACUCGUCAUUUAUUAAAAAGACCAUUUGCUUCUUUAAAAGAAAUAAGUAAAAUAAAAGAUGAAGAAGAAGUACUCUUUUCCGUUGGAUCAGUAUUUCGUAUUGAAAAUGUUGAAAAUGUUCCCGGUAAUGAUAAAAAUUGGUAUGUUCAAUUGAAAUUAGUUAAUGAUGAUUAUGAGAAUGAGCUCACUGAUCUUCGAAAUGAAUUAGAAAGAGAAUUUUGUAAUAAUUGUGAUCUAUGUAAUCUCGGAAGUGCAUUAAUUGAAAUGGGUGAAUAUAAUAAAGCUGAGCGAUAUUUUCUAAUGAUUCUUGAAUAUGGUACACAGGGUCAACGUACUACAGCUACUGCAUACACCUGUCUUGGAAUGAUUUACCAUAAUAAUGGUGAUUAUCCAAAGGCAUUAGAAUAUCAUCAACAAGCAUUACAGCUUUAUACAAAAUUAAAUGAAGCUCGUGAUCAUCGAGAAGAUAUUGGAGUGGCACAUACUCAUAUUGGUUCGAAUUAUCAUCUUAUGGGUAAUAAGCAGUUAGCGUUAGAAUAUUACAAUAAAGCAGCUGAAAUACAGAAAUUACCGUGGAGGAUUACAUUAGAAUAUCUUCAAAAAGCAUUAAAAAUCGAAGAAGACGUUGUGAAACGAAACCAGUACCAUCCAUCAUUAGCUACCACAUAUAAUAAUAUUGGUGAUACGUAUUUUAGAAUGGGAGAUUACAAUAAUGCUUUAGAAACCUUACAGCAUGCAUUGAAGAUACGUAUUAAAGGUACAGUUUCAACACAUACAGAUCUGGCUGCAAUUUAUCAUAAUUUAGCAUCUGUUUACAAUAAGACAAACUGCAUCCAGCAAGCAUUAGAAAUGCUUGAAAAAGCACUUGAAAUUGAUACUCAGGCUUUACCUGAAAAUCAUCCAUCUUUAGCCAUGGCACAUAACAAUAUCAGCCAAUCCUAUAUCAAACAGGGUAAUCACGAUAAAGCUUUAUAUCAUAUUGAAACAGCUUUAAGAAUAUUGUUAAAAUCAAAUGCAAAAGACAAUGAAUUAUUUUCUAAAUUUCAACUAAAUCUUUCUGCUGUUCAAUGUUUAUUAGGUGAUUAUACAAAUGCAUUAAAUACCGCACAUAAAGUUUUAGAAAAUCUAACAGAAUCUCUACCUGAAAAUCAUCCAUCGUUAGCCUUGACACAUAACAAUAUUGGCGGAGUCUAUACCAAACAGGGCGAUUACAAUAAAGCUUUACAUCAUGCUGAAACAGCUGUACGAAUAAUGUUAAAAUCAAAUACAGAAGACAACCUAUUUAUGCCUAACAGCAAUCUAUAUAAUACAAAAAAAAUUUCAAAAGCAACGGAAUAUUUAGAAAAAUUUAUCGAAAAUGCUCGUCUUUGCAUAUUACCAUAUAAUCAAGAAAAAUUUCUUACCUGCCAAAAGAACUACAUCAAUCUUAAGACAAAACUUUAUACGAUCGAUGAGAAAUCUUUGAAUACAGCUUAUCUGAAUGUUGAUCAAUUGUAUAAUGAAGGCGAACAAGUUCAUUUGUUAACGUUGAUGAAUCAAGAACUUGAAGAAAUCUCUUCGGAUAAUAUUCGUGGACGUAUUUCAUUACUUAAUAGUAUCGGAACAAUUCAUGUGAGAGAAUUGAAUUAUGAAGUAGCAAAGAAAGUUUUUGACGAUGCUAUUUCACUGUAUAAUCAAUAUCAAGAAGUCACUUUGACAAAGGAUGCAAUGGUGGAAAAUUUAAUGAUACUGGUGUAUUUCAAUUUAGCUAGAUUGUAUUAUCGUCAAGAAGAUUGGACAACAGCUUUGCAAAUCUUUCAAAAAUCACUUAAUAUGGUUUUUGAACAAGAUCAACAACAUCCACAGUUAGCAGAAAUUUAUAAUUGUUUAGGAUUAACUUAUGCGCAUAGAAGAGAUUGUUUAAAAGCUGAGCAUUAUCAUAGAUUGGCUGUAGAAGUAGCUGAAAAAAUUCUUCCAUAUGACCAUCCAAAUCUUCAGCGAUAUCAGUAUCAGUUAGGAAUCUACUACCAGAACUCUACUUCAACUCGAUAG